UAUUAUUAUUAGUACCGGUUUGUCGUGCGCUUAUGUGUACGCAACUCGCGAUGGUAAUAAUAAUCAUAUUAUAAUACUAAUCAUUAUCUACCAUUGACUCAUACACGAUUCCGAGGAUACUAGGAAAAAAAAAUAUAUUAUCGCUGACUAUGCUUGCGUGGUUAGCGGCGGCGGCGGUCACCCGUAUUUUAAAAUAAUAAUAUAUAUAAUACGCGUAUCUGCGGCACAAGACGACAAACGAUCGCGAAUCGUGUCGUCGUGACGUAAAUCCGUUUGCCGGUGAGUCACGCGGCGGCGGCUGUCCGGAUUUACUGGGCGCGUCAUCGGCGGCGGACCAAGUGGUUUUGCGGGUACCGUUGAAACAGUGGGUAGUGGUGGUAGCGGAUAGUGGCCGUCGAGCGUACGCAAAGUUCCAUUCACCAUUACCACUACCACUAUGCCCUCCACACCCGCCCAUGGAACGCCGCCGUCGCGCAAGCCCGCUUUACGGUUUUCCCACUCCGUCCUAAGUAUCUCGUAUUGUUUGCACCCGUCGCCCACUGCGCCACAACAAUAUACUACGCGAGACAUUUUUUAGUCAUUCAGUGUACUCUUGAAGUCUCGACUCGACAGUCGAUUGCCGUAGCAUCAUCCGCCUUCCGCGUCGACACUACACCGGUGUGCUAUCGUAUCGCGGUCUCCGUCCGUUCGAUUUCGCGCAGUUUUUCGAUUUUCCCGCCUAAUACGACGGCGUGCAUUCCUAUUAACCGUACCGUAUACAAAAUCAAUCGAUAAAACCGAACACGAAUUUUUCCGAUCCCUUUUUAAAAUAUUAUGCUUCAACCCGCACAAAUGGUACCUUCGUCCGAUAUCUACAACGAUUUGAGCGAGUCCGUUUGCCGCGAUUGUCUGGACCCUGUUGGCGCGUGUACUUGUAGCUGGCAAAUCAUGCAGUUGGACGCCAGCUACAGCAUUUACACCACGUUAAACGAUGAUAUGACCAAACGACCGUCCUCCACAACGUCUUCGUUCCUUAGUGACAUGCAUAAGUUAGAUGGUCUCAAUUGUGGUGGUAUACCUACACGUACAACACCAACUUUAACACCAACUACACUUCGUACCAUAGCUGCUGACAUAGCUAAUUUGUCACCUGGUUCAUCUGAAAAUUUUGCAGCUGCAGCUUCCGACCUGCAUCACCUUGUGUCGUCUUCGUGUUCUACCAUGAGCACAUCAACUUCAGGGGCUUCUGAUCGUACCGAUUUACAAGAACGUGUUAAUAUACACAAUCUAAGCAAUCAAACAAUAAGUCUUCAAAGCAUAAAUAAUCAACAAAUUAGUCUCAAUAAUUUACAAAACCACCAAAAUGUAAAUCAAAACACUUUAAACCAACAGCAGCGUAAUGAUUAUAAUAAUUCUUUUUCAACGGCUGCAUCAAGGCAGGCUGGUUUUGUACCACCACUAGUAUUGCAAAUCAAUUCCAGUAACCCUAUUGCUCAACAAUCGUCAGGUACAACAAUCUUAUUAAACAACAACACCAGUUCUGGUUCAAGCUCUAUAUUUAGUGCAAAAGGUUCAUCUACUUCAGCAUCAUCUUCACACUGGCAAGGAGUAGUAGUUACCCAAAGACCUCAAAAUAGAGCACGAAGUAUAACGAGACGACAGUUCACUGAUGAUGAAGAUGGUGAUGAUGAUUAUGAUUCUGCAGCUGAUGAUGGAACAGACAGUAGCGAUACAACUUCUAGUAAAAUAACACGCAAAUCAAAUACUAAAAAUAACAAAUCAAGUUCAAAAAAUGGAAAUAAAAAUGAAUUCAAGAAUAGUUCAGGUGGUGGUCGUCGAACUAAUAAUAAAGACAACAAAAUGAUGUCAGCUGAAGAAGAACAACGUAGACAAGUCCGAAGAGAACGUAAUAAGCUGGCGGCAGCUCGUUGUCGUAAACGCAGGAUGGACCAUACAAAUGAACUUUUAGAGGAAACUGGGCAGUUAGAAGAUAAGAGGUUGAGGUUACAAGUGGAAAUCCAAGGCCUUCGUCAACAAAAAACUGACCUACAACAGAUGUUAGCUCAACAUAAAUGUGCUGUAAAUAUGAACAAUGUGCAGUUAUCAAAUUCCGUUGCUACUGUAAAUCAUGCCACUACAAUAUUAGAUUCAAAUGAAAUUUCUGAAACAAAACCUAUUGUAUUAAGUAAUCAUUUAUCAUCAAUUAAGGGAAAUCCUUUACAACAAAACAUUAGUACAAACAUAGUGAUCAAUGAUAAUGAUAGUAAUAAUGUUGAUGAUAUUAUAAUAAAACAUGAAGAUAAUUCUAUAAUACAAACCGAUAUUGAUAACAAGGAUUCCAUAAAUAUUAUUCCUACUUCUGUUAUGCAACAGCCUCAUAGAAGACGGCCCACUACACUAUUGCAACUUAAUAAUGGUAAUUUUGGUAAUAAUAAAAAAAUAUCUGGAAAUGGCUCUACGGGUGUAGUAGUUUUGAAUUUUGAUUCGCUCAUGGACGGUGGAACAGGAUUAACACCUGUAUCAUCUAGUGGUGGAAGUGUACAAAAUCAUCAUCAACAAGUUCAACAUAGUAGCACAGGAAAUGGUGGUGUAAAUACUGAAAAUAACAGUGUUUUAUCAUAAACGAAGUCACCAUUAGUCAAUAUGAUUAGUCAACUAGAAUUAAUCAGUUAACAAAGUAUCACCAGAGUUGGGCAGAGCAAUAAUUUUUAAAAAUAAUAUUUUUUUUAAAAAUGCAAUUUUUUAACUAAGGUAUGGUUUAAGGGUGUUUUUUUAAUGCAAUAAAGUCAUGAUCAUAAUUUAUCUAGUCAAAUAUAUUUAUUGUAGCCAUGAUAAUUUAUAAACUAUAUAAAAAUAAUUAUUAUUUAUGUUUCUGUUAAAAUAAGCAUUUAUUAAGCAUUGGAACUACCAUAAUUUGAAUAUUGAAUAAUCUAACAUAAUAUGAGAUUUAUUUUUCUCUAUAUUCUUAUGGAAAAUUCUUGAUAACUUAAACUCUAUUUUUAUUUUCCUCAGAUUUUUAUGCAUGUUAAAUGAAUGAUGAAUAUUAUUCCAAUGUAACACUGGCUCAAGUGAAUCUUGAUUUUGUUGUCUAUUAAUAUGCUCUUAUUCUUUUUUAUAUAAAUCAAAAUUUAAAAAUUCAUUAUACCUAUAUUAAUUGAGUAAGACAUUCUAUAAAUAAUAGUUAUGACAUUUUAUAAUCACAUCUACCCAACUCGUGAGUACUAAUGUUUAUUUUUAUUUGAUAAGAGUUAAUUUAAUUUAUAUUAUGAAUAUUUUAUAAAGUAUAUUUAUUAAGUACAUAUAUUUAUUUUAGAAAAUCAAGUUUUAUUUCAUUUUAUAUGUUAUGUACUUCUGUAUAUUAAAAUAUUUGCUAGUUAAUUUAAAGCAUGUCCAAAGAAGGAAACUUCA